AUGGCCGAGACAACAGCAGCACCACCACCACCACCAGCAGACGAAACACGCACUCGCUCGCCCUCCCCCCUCCCACCCCCUCCCACAGCACUCACCCCCGGCCCUCGCGCCACCGCCCUGCAUAAACUCUACUCGGACGCCAUAGCGCAUGUAUUAAAGACUUGUUCUCUGGCGAAUUUCUCCGCCUGUUUCCCGACGCCUUCGCGCCAUGUGCCGGAGGCUAUGAGGCAGUUGCAUGAGCAGUUCACGGCGAAAUUGGGGGAGCAGUUGGGGGGGUGUUUUGAGGAGUUGGUUGAGGAGAGGGGGGUGGUGGGGAGGUUGAAUGAGUUGGAUGGGCUUGUUGAGGAGGCGAGACGGCGGAGGGCGAGAGGGGUGGGGGAAGGGGAGGUGGUUGCGCCGCAUACCCUCCCUCCCUCACAACUCUAUCUUUCGCAUUUGGCACCGCAAUUACAGCAGUACUCGUCUGAGAUCAGUACACGGCAAUCGGACGUCUCGAGCGAGAAUGUGGAGGUUUUGGCUAGGGUGCAGCGGCAGAGGGGGGAGAUUGCGGGGUUGAUGGCUGGGUUGGAGAGUGCGGUGAAGGAUUUGGAUGAGAGUGUUAGGGCUAUGAGGCCGGAGGAGAUGGAGGGUUUGAGGGAGGAGGUUGGGGGGGUUUUUGAGGGGGGGAUGGGGAUGCAGGGUUGA